AUGGAUGAUGCGUUGAUCGCAGGGCAGGGCAGGACAGGGCAGUGCAAGCAUGGACGUCUCGCCGUUUGCUGCCCUGUUUUUCGUUGCUCUCCUCUCCCUGCUCCUCCUCUUCUUCAGGAAGGGUGGUUCUCCGUCCAGCGGGGAUGGCCGGCGAUUGCCUCCGUCGCCGCCGGGGCUUCCCCUCCUCGGCCACCUUCCCCUUCUUAUUGGCUCCCUACCGCACCGUAAGCUCCAGGCCAUGGCCGCCAAGCACGGCCCGGUGAUGCUCCUGCGCCUCGGCCGCGUGCCCACCGUGGUGGCCUCCUCGGCGGCCGCGGCGCAGGAGGUCAUGAAGACCCACGACCUGGCCUUCGCGAGCCGCCCGAGGGUUCGCAUGGCCGAGCGGCUCCUCUCCGACUACGACAUGGCCUUCGCCCCCUACGGCGAGCACUGGCGCCAGUCGCGCCGCGUCAGCGUGAUCCACCUCCUCAGCCAGCACCGCGUCCGCUCCUUCCGGCACAUCCGGCAGCAGGAGGCCGCCGCGAUGGCCGGCUGCGUCCGCCGCGCCGGCGCCGCCGUGAACCUCAACGCCGUCCUCAUCUCCUACACCAACGGCGUCAUCUCCCGCGCCGUGUUCGGCGACGACGGGAGCUACGAGCUCGACGGCGGCGAGAAGCUCGCGAAACUGUUCGGCGACUUCGAGGAGCUGCUAGGGAAAGCGACCAUGGGGGAGUUCGUGCCGUGGCUGGCGUGGGUCGACACGCUCAUGGGGCUGGAGGCCAAGGCGACGCGCACGUCCGAGGAGAUGGGGGCCUUGCUGGAGCGGAUCAUCGCGGACCACCGGCAGAGGCGCCGUGGCAGCCGCCGGGAGGGAGACAACCACCGGGACUUUGUGGACGUGCUGCUGGACGUGAACGAAGCGGAGGAGCACGCCGGCGCCGGCGGUGGAGUCCCGUUUGACAACGAAGCCAUCAAGGCCAUGAUCCUGGUCAUGUUCGCCGCCGCCACCGACACGACCUACACCACGAUGGUAUGGGCCAUGGCGGAGCUCAUCAACCACCCACACGAGAUGCGCCGGGUCCAGCACGAGAUCCGCGCGGCCGUCGGCGUCGGCGGCGACCGCGUCACCGAGGAGCACCUGGAGAAGCUGCGCUACCUCAAGCUCGUGAUCAAGGAGACGCUCCGACUGCAUGCGCCGCUGCCGCUCCUGCUGCCCCACGAGACGACGGAGGACACCCAGCUGCUCGGCUACCGCGUUCCGGCCCGCACCCGGGUCAUCGUCAACGCCUGGGCCAUUGCGCGCGACCCCGCCACGUGGGAGCGCGCGGACGAGUUCGUGCCGGAGCGGUUCGCCGGCGACGACCUGACGACGGACUACAUGUCCGCGCAGGACUUCAGGUUCGUGCCGUUCGGCGGCGGGAGGAGAGGGUGCCCGGGGGUGGCGUUCGCCGUGCCGUCCAUGGAGCUGGCGCUGGCGACCAUGCUGUACCACUUCGACUGGGAGCUGCCGGCCGGCGGGGCGUCGAAGCUGGAGAUGGACGAGAUGAACGGGCUAUCCGUGCGGCUCAAGGCGACGCUGCAUUUGGUUGCAAAGCCAUGGUCUCCCUGAGUGCAUGGAUCGACAGACGUUCGGACGGUGCGCAAGCUCAGUGGUCGAUCAGUACUCUGGUUUCUCUCUACCAAGCAUAUGCAUAUAUGCCAGCUUCGACGGCAGAUGAUGGCUUUCUAGCCUAUAGCUUGCUGCCACUUGUAAGAUCGAUGAUGCUAGUAUUAAUAUGCUACUACGCACAACGUACCUGCUGUCAAUAAUCAGUAAUGGAUCAUACAUUCGUGGAUCGAACCCAU